GCGGAAGGUGCGGUGUAGUGCUGUACGGCAGAAAAGCCAAACUACAACUCCCAUCAGUCUUUUAGGCACGCUGGGCUUUUGCUGAGGGCUCAUGGGUAUUGUAGUUUUUUUUGACCGUGCCAUUUGGUUAGCAUUAAGAGGUCCUGGCAGACUGCGUGUUCACACACGAAUCGCCCCGACAUCAUCGUUACUACACUUCUACAAACAUCCCUGCCGACACUAGGGGAGAGAGUUCAGUUAGUUCGCUAGUGCUCUCUCCACUCGCGAUACCUCCCCCCGUGGCUGUUACACGACCCCGGAACCACGCAGAACCACAAACCAGGUGCGCUUGAGGGGCAACCAGCCAUUUUCUCCCUUUCUAUCUCUUUCUCACCAGCUCUGCAGGGCUCCACUUCACCGUUAUACUAACGGCUCACAAACCUAGUUAAUAUGUAACUCGACGAGUACAGUUUAUUGUAAAGAUUUAACCAGCGCUAAGCUAAUAAUCCAUUCCCCUUUCCGUUGACAUUACAAGGCUACCCAAGUGAAUCAUUAACUGACGCCGUGUGCCCCCAAGUGUGCAGAAGCCAGCGCUUCGUUCGCCAAAGUGCGCAUGCUCUGCCCUCAAGCAUACGUCAGCGUGCUCGCGUAUAGGAUAGCCGUCGGUAUCGAGUGACCCAGCAGCGCUGUCCGGAGGAGAGGGAGCUGAAAUGGCUCGCGCUUCGCCGUUCAUCCUCAAGGCUGCUGGGGCAGCGCGUCAGAGCCCGUGAGGAGUACAGAGACUUGGCUUGGGGCCCCCCGCGUCCGCUUUUGCGACCCUGAAAAAGACCAGCCCCCCAGGCGGUCGGCGUUGGACUCGGUGUUAAAAGACACAGCCCUUGGGAUCCGUGCAGAGCGAGAGAUAGCCAUGCAAACUGACUGAGCCAGCAGCACCGCGCUCGGGACGGGGAUGAAGACGAGCUUGCGCAGUUCAGAACAGCCCGGCACAGAAAGAUCGCAACACCAGCCGGAGGAACAGAGAUACAGGAACGUAGUUAUUAAGGGACAGACAGGUUAUUAAGAUAAUUGAGGGAAAUUAUAGGGAGGGGUGAGAGAAGGGAGGGGCCUGUCAGACACAGGGGAACAGGGCAAUUUCGUCAGCAGAUAUCUUAUCAGAGUAAACAUUAUAAACAAGGAACAGAGGUUCUCUGUGGUGGUGGUGUGGGGGGGGGGGGGGAGAGAGGGGGGGGACUGCACUAAGACUGAGGAGAAAAAGAGCGAGGGAGAGUGGGAGAGAGCAAAGGGAAGGGUUUGAUACAGAUAUCGGCUGGCUGGCUGGCUGCACACCCCGCUCCAUUGGCACCGAGACCAGAGGGAGAUAAAAGAGAGAGAGAAGUGCGAGAUUCGGCUCCAGUCAUGGCCUGUGGGUGGUUUCACCGGGACCUCUCGGGGAUCGACGCCGAGGCCCUCCUGAAAGCGAGGGGCGUCCACGGGAGCUUCCUGGCCCGGCCCAGCAAGAAGAACCAGGGGGACUUCUCUCUGUCCGUCAGGGUUGGGGAGCUGGUCACUCACAUCCGGAUCCAGAACACGGGCGACUACUAUGACCUGUACGGCGGGGAGAAGUUUGCCACGCUGUCCGAGCUGGUGGAGUAUUACACCGGGGAACACGGCACCCUGCAGGACAAGGACGGCACGCUGAUCGAGCUCAAGUACCCCCUGAACUGCUCCGACCCCACCACUGAGAGGUGGUACCAUGGACACCUCUCCGGGUCCAACGCAGAGAAGCUGCUGUGGGAGAAAGGGGAGCCGGGGACCUUCCUGGUGCGGGAGUCCCUCUCCAAGCCCGGAGACUUUGUUCUGUCUGUGCUGACAGACGAGAAGAAGGACGUGGGUGGGCAGAUAAGGGGGCGCGUGUCACACAUCAAGAUCAUGUGUGAGAACGAUCGGUACACAGUGGGCGGUCCUGACAUGUUUGAUACUCUGACAGAUCUGGUGGAACAUUUCAAACGCAAAGGAAUUGAGGAACUAAAUGGGACCAUGAUCUACCUAAAACAGCCGUACUACUCAACGCGGGUCAACGCAGCCGAUAUCGACAGCCGUGUCCAGGUCCUGGAGCAGACCGCUGGGAGAGAGGACGCCCAGAGCUCCAACAAGGCCGGAUUCUGGGAGGAGUUUGAUGCUCUGCAGAAGCAGGAGGCGAAGCUGAGGAAGAGUCGCGAUGAAGGGAUGAGGCCAGAGAACAAGAGCAAGAAUCGCUACAAAAACAUCCUUCCCUUCAAUGACACCCGAGUGGUGCUGGAGUCUGGAGACCCCAAUGUCAUCGGCUCGGACUACAUCAACGCCAACUAUGUCAAAGGUGCUCCCAACAAAGAGAUAAAAUUGAUGCAAAGAUCUUCUCUGCUAGUUACCUUGAAGGGCACGGUGCUUCCAUAUCUCUCAGGACAAUUUAGCUUCUCUUCUGCCGCAAGAACCCAGCGAAGGUCAGAAACCAGGAGGUAUCUGAUCGGGGUUUCCAAGUUGAACGCAGACCCGAGAACUGAGAAUGAAGGUGCAGAGAAAUCCCGGCCUGCAAUGCGGUUGUCUUUUCUCGCCCUCCAGAACAAGUGCGUUCCGUACUGGCCAGAACCGGAGGGGACGAAGGAGUACGGGAACUACCUGGUCCGGAAUGUAUCCGAGCGCGAUGCCACCGACUACAAAAUCCGUAUUCUGGAGAUCUCGCCCCAGGACGAGAGUGAAGACACCAGGGAAAUUUGGCACUAUCAGUACCUGAGCUGGCCUGAUCAUGGUGUCCCCUCAGAGCCAGGUGGAGUGCUCAGCUUCCUCACCCAGGUCAACAACAAGCAGCUGGAGAUCCGUGGGGCUGGACCCAUGAUUGUGCACUGCAGUGCUGGAAUAGGACGAACCGGCACCAUUAUUGUCAUUGACAUGCUGGUAGAAACCAUUGACACCAAAGGGCUGGACUGCGACAUUGACAUCCAGAAGUGCAUCCAGAUGGUGAGAGAGCAGCGGUCGGGGAUGGUGCAGACCGAGGCACAGUACAAGUUCAUCUACCUGGCUGUGUCCCAGUACAUCGAGACCACCAAGAAGAAACUCGAGGCCUUGGGGUCCGCCGAAAUGGAAUACGGCAACCUCUCCUUCCCAAACAAGCACACGAAGGCCAGCCGCAAAGUGUCCAAGAAUAAAGAGGAGGUGUAUGAGAACCUUGGAGGGAAGGGGAAGAAAGACGUGAAGAAACAGAAAUCGGAAGAGAAGAAGAGUGGCUCCGUGCGCAAGAGAUAAGAGGAAGAGGCGAGAGAGAGAGGACGUCUAGGAAGGAUCCCAGAAGCAGGAACGGGAAGAAAGUGGAGGAAUGACGUUUCUUCGUAGUGUUAAGGAACAGCCGCAUCGGAUUUCCAUUACGAAUGCUUGUGAACAGUGUACUGCGGGUUAGCCGCCUGUAGUUUCCCAUGAAAGGGCUCUAGGAAAACAGCAGCCCUUUUUGUCCUGUAGUAACCUGAGAACAGUAUAUAAAUAUCAUUGGUAAAUGAUCUUGUAAAGGCUUCCUAGCAUUUUUUGAGUUAAUUCUGCCAAAGCGAGAGGGCUCUUUAAAAGACUGUAUUUUGGUUACAUUACAGCCUCUCCCUUAUUUUCUGUUUCUCAUUUGGCCUCCAUUAUGUAAUAGCUAGUGUUUUUUAAAAAAUGUUACAAGAGUUGAAUUUGAAAGAUGUACCAUUGCCAUCUUUCACUGUGUAGUCUCAAGAGACACACAGCACUAGAGGAGCUGAUCAUGGAUAAAGAGAGGAGAGGCCUGAGAAAUCAAGGGGAUAGGAGAUCACAGAGUAAUAGGUGAACGCAACUGGAUAGGAGACACAGUUCGAGCGAGGAGAUCACAGAGAGCCCAUCUGUAAACGACACGCAACAGAACAGGAGACACAAUGAGAGGAGAUGACAGAGAAGCCCGCAGUAAAAGACACAUCAUAAGACAGGAGACACAGUGAAAGAGAGAGGAGAUCACAGAGAAUCCUUCAGUAACAAACACUCUGAACAGGACAGGAGACCCAGGGUGAGGAGAUUGCGGCUGAUGGCACAGGACACGUUCACAUUUAAACACCUUUUUGCUGUUUGUAGUUCGAAUUAACUUUUGGAAUACAUACCUUUUUGUUAAUAAAGAAAAGUGCUUAUUUAA